AUGGCUUCAUUACAGACGCAGCCGUCGGGCCUGAGCGGCGCCGGCAAGCUCACCAAGUCGCGCAGCCGCAUCGUCGUCAAGCCCAUCCUCAAGCGGCUGCACCACGUCCACUCGCACUCGGAGCGCAACUCGCUCGACCUCAACCGCGGCUGGGACGACCAGCCCGUGGCCACGACGCCCGAGCUCGAGUACGGCUCCUUCGACUUUGGCGCGCGCGACCUCGACGACCUGAGCGCCGACCGCCGCCUGUAUUCCACCUACGCAGCUGCGCCAGCCGCCGGCGCAAAGCUCGCGCGCGACGUCAGCUUCACCAGCCUGUCCAAGACCAAGCCGGACCUGGGCGCCGCGCCGCCUGGCCUCGCCCGCGCAAACACCUUCUCCUUCUCCCCAGCCUCGCACGCCCGCUCGACCAGCGGCAACUCAGUCUCGGCCGCCGCCGCCGCCACCACCCGCGCCGGCUCCUUCGUCCACCCCUUCCAGCAGAUGCCCCGGACCUCGACGCCGCCGCUGCACUCGUACGCAAACUCCCUCUCCUCGCUCGACGGCGGCCUCACCGCCCAGCAGCAGCGCGACCUGACCUCGGCCAUUGCCGAGAGCAGCGACAGCAGAAACAGCAGCAGCAACAGCAGCAGCAGCAGCAGCAGCAGCGACGACGACGACGACAACAGGCCGAACCUCGACGAGCCGCCGCUGGCCUCGCAGUCUGGCGAGGAGGCUUCCAACCGGGCCGCUUCCGCCGCCACAAACUCCAAGAAGCUGUCCUACUCCUCCAGCCUGCGCUCAAACUCGCCCGCCUCCAAGCCCGCGGCGCCUCCUGGCCGCCACUCGCUCUCCGGGCGACCCUCGCUGUCCGGCAGCCAGCGCACCAGCUCAGAUGGGCCGUCGGUCAGGGCCGCCACCACUCGCUCCAACUCGGGCCCUUCUGUACAACGUCUCACCCAGGCCGCUGUGAAUCACCAGUCCGCGUUGGCAAACGACUCCUCAUCUUCCAAUGCCGCCUCCGUUCCCUUGCUCAUCUCCACCACCCAGCAGAAGACGGCCUCCAACCCGGUCUGCUCAACCUCGCCCAUCUCCCCCUUUCGCACGUCGCUGGACAUGAACGGCUUCCGCCUGCGCUCCCGGAGCGAGAUGGACUCGUCCACCCGCCAGGAGCAGGUCCGCGAGGCCCGCCGCAAGUUCGAGGCCAAGGAGAAGGAGAAGGAGGAAAAGUACGCCCGCGAGCAGAUCAAGAAGCGCGAGCGCGCCGACGCCAAGGAGGCUCACAAGAUUGAGCGCGCCCAGGCCCAGAAGCGCAAGACGAGCUUUGGCUACACCACGCCCAUCUCCAGCGCCAGGAACUCGUCCAGCGUCCGCGAGAAGACCGAGUCUGAUCCUCUCAACGGCAGCCAGCCCCAAGAGGCCCCCUCCCGGAGCAAGUCGGCCAAGCGCAGGACAAACAGCCUUUGGACCGCAUUCAUGCUCUGGCUGAGAACCCGUCUGCUCAAGCUGGCGAGACGACAGCGAUGA